AUGGCGUUCUCCCUGAGAAGCGAGUCCCACAGGCCUGAGUGCUCUGACCCAGAGUCUGCAGCGCUCUCCACCUGCAGCAACGCAGACGUGUUCCGUAGGAUGAAUACCAUGCUGGGCAACGCUCUGGACCUCACCGGCGUCUGCACUACCCCCAACACCACCAAGGGGAAGGACCUACUCUGUGGCGCACCGGGCACAGAGGCAGCAGAGUCGGAGCUGGCAGCGGUGGGCAGCAGGAGGAUGCUUUUCCCAAACUGUGGAGUCUCCCAGGACAUGGCAUCGCCCAGAAGCCAGCUCGGAGUCUCAGACCUGGGCCUGGGCCUUCAGUCUCUGCGUCUGUCUGGCUGGGACAGGACAUGGAGCAGCCAGGACACUGACUCUCAUCCCUCGCCCACUCAGGUCCAGACCAGCUCUCCCUCCAUGCUAGGUAUGCUGAACAGCCCCUUCAGUGGGCUCCUUGGAAAGCCGCCUGGAUACAUGUGCCCUGAGUCCAUGGGAAUGGCUGCAGACUUCCUGGAGAAGUUUCCCUGCAUGGCCCGCAUGGCUUCACACCGACUGGACUCCGGAUGCUUCCUGGACUCUCGCUCCAGCAGCCCGGAGGACUCUGAGACCAGUGGCUUCAGCUCUGGCUCGGAUCACCUCUGCGACAUGCUGUCCACUCUGCGCAUCUCUCCUCCGCUGCCGUACCUCACCUCCAACAUGCAGAAGGACCUGCUGAGACUGGGCUCUCGUCUGGACCCCCAGGACACCAGCUCCCCUCUGACUCCUCCUCCUGGUACCAGCCCUGGCUCCUCGGUGCUGUCCCGGCGCUGGCGUUCAGGCUCCCCAUGGCCUGGUGCAGACGUCCUGGAUCAGUCAGACUCUUUCAGCAUUGAGCGAGAGGCGCGUCUGCAUCGACAGGCAGCAGCUGUGAACGAGGCCACCUUCACCUGGAGUGGACAGCUGCCGCCGAGGAACAACAAGGACCCACUGUUCUCCUGCAAAGUGUUUCUGGGUGGGGUGCCCUGGGACAUCACUGAGUCUGGACUGAUUGCCACCUUCAGCAGUUAUGGCCCUCUGAGUGUGGAGUGGCCGGGUAAGGAUGGGAAACACCCACGCUGUCCGCCCAAAGGUUACGUCUACCUGAUUUUUGAGAAUGAGAAGUCUGUGAGAGGACUGCUGCGUGCUUGCUCUCAGGACCCCUUCCACCCGGAGGAUAAUCGAGAAUAUUAUUUCAAGAUGUCGAGCCGCAGAAUGAGAUGUAAAGACGUGCAGGUGAUCCCCUGGGUGAUCUCUGACAGUAACUAUGUGCGGUGCCCAGCUCAGCGCCUGGAUCCCAGUAAGACUGUGUUUGUGGGUGCGCUCCACGGGAUGCUGAACGCCGAGGCUCUGGCCAGCAUCAUGAACGAUCUGUUUGGAGGAGUCAUGUACUCUGGCAUUGACACGGACAAGCACAAGUAUCCUAUAGGCUCCGGACGCGUCACUUUUAACAACCAGCAGAGUUACCUGAAGGCUGUGUGCGCCGCCUUCGUGGAGAUCAAGACGCCAAAGUUUACCAAGAAGGUCCAGAUUGACCCAUACCUGGAAGACUCAAUGUGUCAAGUGUGUCUUCGUCAGCCGGGGCCGUUCUUCUGCAGGGACCAGGCGUGUUUCAAGUACUACUGCCGCUCCUGCUGGCACUGGCAGCACUCCAUGGACAUCCUGAGCAACCACCGGCCCCUGAUGCGGAACCAGAAGAACCGCGACCUGAGCUAA